GGUGGGUAGAGAUGCGUAGGGAGAGGCUCUGUCAUUCGAAAUAGCUCACACUAACAGCAGAAAGCCAGGGUCCAGCCAGCAUCUAUGUCAGGGCUACCUACCUGCAAGGUACUCAAGGAAGAUGAUGGCCAUGAACGGCAAACAACAUUUUUCGAUGCAUCCCACAUUACAGGAGCCCAGAUAUUCCAGCCUCCACUCAAAUCCGGAAUCUAUGCGCAGAGUUUGCCUUCCACCUCCACAGCUCCAGGGCAAUAUAUUCGGAGGUUUUGAUGAGAGCCUGCUGGCCCGCGCGGAAGCUCUCGUGGCUGUUGAUAUCGUCUCUCACGGCAAGACCCAUCCUUUUAAGCCAGACGUGACCUACCAUACCAUGAGUAGUAUUCCCUGCACCUCAACCAACUCUACUGUGCCCAUCUCUCACCCAUCCACGCUCACAUCACAUCACCACGUCCAUCAAACAUUGGAGGGAGAUCUGUUGGACCACAUUUCCUCUAGUCUAACAGUGAGUGGGAUGGGGGCACCGGAUCCGUCGGUGAUGUCGGCGCAAGUACACCAGCAUCAUCUUCAGACUAUGGGUCAUCUCCACCAAGCCAUGGGCAUGGGCCAUCCACAUUCCCUGUCCACGCACAAUGGGAUGACCUGCAUCAAUGAUGUGGAAUCUGAUCCUAGAGAGCUCGAAGCUUUUGCUGAGCGUUUUAAACAAAGGAGAAUCAAGCUUGGAGUUACCCAGGCAGAUGUCGGUUCUGCCCUCGCAAACCUGAAGAUACCCGGUGUUGGUUCUCUAAGCCAGAGCACCAUCUGCAGGUUCGAGUCCCUGACUCUAUCUCACAAUAACAUGAUUGCUCUCAAACCCGUACUUCAAGCUUGGCUAGAAGAGGCAGAGGCGGCAAAUCGAGAGAAAAACAGCAAGCCAGACAUUUUUAAUGGCAACGAAAGAAAGCGAAAACGUACUUCAAUAGCCGCUCCAGAGAAACGUUCUUUGGAAGCAUAUUUUGCGAUCCAACCCCGUCCAUCUUCAGAAAAAAUCGCGGCAAUCGCUGAAAAGCUGGACCUCAAAAAGAACGUGGUCCGUGUUUGGUUUUGUAAUCAAAGACAGAAACAGAAGCGGAUGAAAUAUUCGGCAGUACAUUAAUUUAAAAGUCUGUGAGGUAUGAGACAUAGCAUAUAGCAGGGAUGUAUCCAUGUCUUCAAGAACUUCACUAUUUAUACAAUUAACAGGUUAUCAUUUUAUUCAUUUUCAUUGGAGGUUUCAUUGUUUUGUUCCGCUGCGUUAUUUGUUUAAAUGUAGCCUACUAAAAUUGUAAAAUAUGUAUCGUGCACGAAGAUAAUCUGUUCGUCACUUACUUUGUUAACGCAUUGUAUUACUGUAUUUGAUUGCUGCUUCUAUGUUGUGACAUUACUUCAAUAUACUGCUUUGGUGUUUCAUAGAAUGAAAAUGCUAUUUAUUCUGAACAAAUCACGAUAUUGUCUGACUCUGACUGUAUUUGUACACUUUGAUCUAAACAUUUUCGGUAAAGACAGUAUCGUUUUCGUAUAUUAGCCUAUAGGCCUAACUGACCUGUGCUAAAAUAUUAUUUUAAAUAUUAGAUAGCCAACGCAUGAUUCCGGUUGCAUUCUGCAUGGACUGAACUACACAAUUAGGCUAAAACAUGAACGCAUAAAUUACAGGCAGUCUAGUUUAUGACGAAUAAAAAAUACAAUUUAACCACAAAUCAUUAUCUGCAGUAGGCCUACUGUUUUUUGUGUUUACAAUAAGAAUUUUUCAAAAGGACAACAAUUCA